AACACCACCACCACCACCACCACCUAGCGGCGAGGAGGCCAAACUCGCACCAACACAAGCAAGAUGGAGAGGGCCAAAUAUUGUGAUUUCGUCGUCUAUUACUCUUAAAUCUAGUAGAAAUGACUUGUGGGGGCAGAGAAAUGACUUAAUGCAGUUCCACCUUCAACACACCUUAUCCCAGUGCCUUCCUCAAGUGCCUAAGCGAUGGAAGUGUCUGUCAGUGCCACCCCCCGCUAGUGCUGCCUCUCUAAGUGGUCUGGGUCAACUCGCCAGUCCCCCACACACACAGCCCCUCCGUCCGUCCUUCUCCGUCCCUCCUGCCGCCGCCGCUGCUGCUGCCACGCCCAAACCUACACUAUGGACGAGAGGCUUAAAGAACUUCUCCAUGUUCACCGCAACAAGUUCGCUCAGAUUGAUGCAGAGCGAAUCAUCCCCUUCCUGCGAGACACCGGCCUUGUGUCGGUGGAGGAUGUGGACGUGAUCCGCCGCCAGCCGUCUUCUGUGCAGCGGAUCCACACCCUGCUGGACAUCCUGCCGGCCAAGGGAUUCCAGGCGUUCCAGACGCUGUGCCUGGCGCUGGAGACAACCUACCCACACCUGCUCACCAUCAUGCUCAUCGGGGCAUCACAGCGCAUGCCCUUCUACAUCUCCAGGCAGAGUAAGUGUGGUGUUGACCUUUCUUGUUCGUGUGUUGCGGUGUUGUGGGGGUAAGUAUUGCCUUGCUGGUGUUGAGAGUGGUGUUAGUGGUGUUGUGUUGUGGGGGUAAGUAUUGCCUUGCUGGUGUUGAGAGUGGUGUUAGUGGUGUUGUGUUGGGAGUUUUGUGAUGUUACCGAUAUUAAUGAUAGUACUGAUGGUGUUGUGAUGUGGUGUUAGUAAUGGCGUUGGUGUUGUGUUGUCGUGGUGUUAGGAAUGUUGAUGUGAUGUGGUGUUGACGUGUUGUUGAGAGUGUUGCGGUGU